CCCACCCCCGGCUUGUUUCGUUUUCUCCCCCCGAUAUUCCUCGGCCCCUUCCACCCUUCAUCUCCGUUCUUUUCACCAAACUCCCCUUUCUUCCUCCUCCCUCCCUACGCAUAAUUCUGUCGCCGUCGCAAACCCCGCUUCUCCUCCGCGUUACGGAUUCCAUCUCCAUGUUCUGAUCUCGUCCGCGACACCGAAUCCCACCUUGUGAAAAGUCUCGUCCUAGCUGCAAUCUGGUAGAGUCGGAGAGUGUUCCGUGUUCGGCUUUAGAAGGAGCCAGUUCGGGGAGUUGUGUUUUGUUUUUGUUUUUUUCGUUUUUGUUCUUUUGUUCAACGAAGCCGGCUUCUUCUUAAGAGAGUGGUUGGUUGUUGUUCCACCAGAAAUCGCAUUUGGGUCGUCUGUGUUUUCCGGUCCAAUUGCUGACGCCGGCGCUGGAUUUGCUGCCGAAAGCGCGGAUUCCUGUGCUUUCUUCGGUUCCACGGCAAAUUCUGUCUGCUAGGUUCGCAUUCCCUCCGGUCGCCGCGAAGCGAGCUGGGGAGAUGGCCUCGGAUGCGCCCGCGGCGGGCGCUAACCUCACCGCGGCCAUGUGCAAGAGGAGCAACCGGGUCGCGCGGGUGCUCGCCUACGCUCUCCUGGAGUGGAUCCUCAUCGCGCUCCUCCUCGCCAAUGGCGUCUUCUCCUACCUCAUAUCCAAGUUCGCCGCCUUCUUCGGCCUGCCGCCGCCGUGCGCCCUCUGCUCCCGCCUCGGCGUCGACAGCCUCUUCGAGCCCCACCGCGGAGGCGCCGGCGCCGAGCACCUGCGCCGCGUGCUGUGCGACGCGCACGCCGCCGAGAUGUCCCGCCUCGGGUACUGCCGCGCGCACCGGCGCCUCGCGGAUGCCGCCGACAUGUGCGAGGACUGCGGUGCGGCGGCGGCGGCGGCUUCGGGGAAGGCGCUGCUGUCGUGGAUGAGGCGGAGCGAGCUCGGCGAGCGGGACCUCGCCUGCGCGUGCUGCGGCGUCGCUCUCGAGAGCGGCUUCUACUCGCCAUCGUUCUUGCUCCCCGGGGUGUUGACGCGCGACCUGGACGGCGGCUACAAGGAAGAUGCCAUAGCAUGUCUAAAUGGAGAUGUGGUCUUUGUGUCCGAGGACGGUCCUGUGAUCGAGCUUUUUGAUGAGAAGCCAUUGGUGGAGGAGGAUUCCAUUGGUGUCAUGGCAGCUCAUUGUGCUGACAUUGUUGGGAAUGUUGAACAACCGAUGCCUCUUGAAUCCACUGGUUCGUUGGCCAUGGGCAUGGAUGUGGUGUCAUCUCAAUCCGGCGUCGAAGAAAAAGAAGAAGUUGAUCAUGAGACUCUUGAGCUGGGCUAUGUGGCGCCGGAGAACAUGGUUAAUGAGGAAAACUUUGUGGUGGCCUCUGAUGAUGAUAAGCUGGAUUUUAUGGUUGAUAGGUUGAUUGAUGGAGAAAUUGCUUCUUUGGUCGUCUCUGUGGCUAGUAUGGAGAAUGAAUUCAACAUCGAGAUAAACGCAGGAGAAACUACUGAGAGCUUAGCUGAUCAGCGCUCUCCUCUUAGGAACAAUGGAUUGAAAGGAAAGUACCAGGCAAUAUUAAAUUGGGAUGAAAUAUCAGAGGAUGAGCAAGUUGAACAGGAUGCUGUUAAGCAGGAAUUGUUUUCCAUGCCAUCAGAUCCCAGGGAGCAUGAAGCUGUUGUUCGCAAGUCUGACGGAAAAGCUGAAGAGGACCCAGUUCAACAAGCUUUUAAGAAUGAAUGGGACUGUAUGGCAAUGGAAGGCGAUGAACGUAUCUCUGAGGCUUCAAAUGAGAACAAUGAGGAUAUGCAGCAGCAGGUUCAACAAGCUGAGCUGAAUCAGGAACUGGAUUUAUUGAUACGUCCCAGAGAGAAUGCUGAUGAAGAGUUUGAACAGGAGAAAAUUGCACCGGCCGAGUUACAACAAGAAGAAUUGGACUCUGUUGCACUUGAUUUUUGUGAACAAGUUCAUGUGGCCUCAAGCGAGGGAGUUGAAGAAGAGCAUGUUGGACAGCCUGAACUGAAGCAUUUGUCCACGUUUAUGACAGCAUGCAAAGAUGGUAUUAAAGUUGAUCCAACUGAGGCUCUUCUGCCAAGCUUGCACCAUCUUUCUUAUGGACCUUCAAUAAGUUUAGACAAAUUAUCUCCUGACUGUAAUGAUAUCGAAGAUAAGAGAGUUCCAGAUACAUUAAGUCAUAUUGAAGGCAUCAGUUCUUUACAGGAAUUGAUGGACCCUAAAGCAGUGACCUCUGAUACCAAGUCUGUAGAUUCAAGCGAUGCUACCAUGUCUACUGAUAUGGAAAGUGUUGAACUGGUGAGUGUUGAUCAACUCAAAUCCGCCUUGGCAGCUGCACGGAAAUCAUUGAAUACCCUAUACACUGAGCUUGAAAAUGAGAGGAGUGCAGCUGCUAUAGCUGCUGAUGAGACCAUGGCAAUGAUAAAUCGGUUACAAGAACAGAAAGCUGCAAUGCAGAUGGAGGCGAUGCAGUACCAGCGGCUUAUGGAAGAGCAGUCGGAGUAUAAUCAAGAAGCACUGCAGAGGGUGAAUGAACUAGUUGUGAAGAGAGAUAAGGAGAGGCAAGAUAUGGAGAGAGAGAUUGAAUUGUAUCGCCACAAGAUUCAUCUCUAUGAGGCGAAGGAGAGAAGGAAAAUGUCCAGACACAAGGCUGAUGACCAGAAUGGAUCAUCCUCAGCAUCAUCAAGUGCUGAGGACAGUGAUGACCUUUCCCAAAGUUUCUAUGAAGGUGAUGAAUCUUCCCAUGGUCUUAAUGGAAGCAAUGGCAGCAUUCCUACUGAUAUUGUUUUACAAGAAACUGCUACUCAUAUUGUUACACUUGAUAGCUCGUUAGCUGAUUGUGAUGAAGAGAGGCUCUCCAUAUUGGAACAGCUCAAAGUGCUCGAGGAUAGGCUUUUCGACCUUGAAGAUGAAGAAUCUGAUAGCAUGAAGGAGGACAAGCAUUUCACAGAAGAUAACCAUUUAAGCAGUGCCUCAAAUGGCUUCUCUGACGAGGAUAUCAGCUUCAAACUUCAUGAUAGUAGAAAAGGUGUAAGCUAUAGAGGAAAGAAGCUCCUCCCACUAUUUGAUGAUGCUACUGCCAUGCAAAAUGGGAAUGGCCUCCUAACAAAGCAAUGUAUCGGGGCAGACCCUUCAGCAGAAGUCAUGUCGGAACUUGCUAAAGAGCAGGAUAAGCUUGCAAUUGCCAAUGAAAUUGAUCAAGUCCACGAGCGGUUGCAUGCUCUUGAGGCAGAUAAGGAGUUUAUAAAACAGUGUGUGCGGUCUUUGAACAAAGGAGGCAAGGGGUUUGUUCUUCUUCAGGAGAUCUUACAGCAUCUUCGGGACCUCAGAAGGAUUGAGCAGCGUGCAAGGAACAUUGGAGAUCUCUCACCCCAUUAUGUGCACCCUUACACAGAUUAAAGUUUGGCUCGUAUAGGAGGAGAAGCUCCUGCUGGUGCUAUCAUUCUACUGUCGGUUUGACACUGUCGUCAGAAGGGCAGAUCAUGCUGCAAUUCUGCCAUCCAAAGGUUCUUCUGGACCACUCCCCACGUUCUGCCCUUAAAUUCCUUCUUGAUUCAUUUUGUGGGGGUUUCCAAACUUUUGCUCAAGGGCAAGAGGGUUGGUGAGCCGCCCACCCCCAUGAGGUGUGUUUUGUGGCAAAAAUCAUGGCCUAUGAGAGCUUUGGAAUUCAUUAACAUGAAACAGACCACCGCCAGCUUUGGUGCCAGUUAUAGAGUGAAUAUACAAAAAAGCUUUUAAAAAUAUGGUUAGUCUCGGUGGGCUUCUUUAGGUGUUUUAUUUAUCAUUUCCCCUGUAAAUUCCAUAGUUGUAUAUGUAAUGCCUUUUGGCUUUUGGAAUGUGAGGUGUUUUUGAGUGCACUGUGCAUAGCGUGAUUGUGUGAUGAGCGUUGCUAGUGACCUGUGCUUUUCUCCUCUGAUUUUGGGUACUAGUACUUCCUUUCCACCCUUUCGAGAUGGAAUGGUGCUUAAUUAUGCCCUUGAAAGCAGCAUGCAAGCAUGAUUGGUUUAGCUGUCAGAGGAAAUCAUGGAUGCAGCUCACCGAACAAUCUGUUAGUUGGGUGGGCCUUGCCCUAUCAUGUUGCUCAUGCAAUGCAAUGCAUGAACCUUUCUGUGCAUCGUAUCUUCUCUAGUGCACUGCUACGAGCCUGUCAAGAAACCUUCUCCCUUUGCAUCCAUCGAACUCAACCUUUGUUUGUUGUCGCAAUGAACGGGGCUUGUUCGUUGGUACUACUCCGGGCUUUGCUUUGCUGGUCCGGGUAUGCGAAGGCUGGAUCUGUCACCAAUCGUACCGUUUCUGCCUGUGUAAUAAGCGAGAUGCGAGAUGUCGUGUGUGUAUGGUUUGAUUGAGAAGGGACCAACAAGUUCGUUCGCUAGCUGCAUCGCAUCGGUGAGUGGAGGAGGAUGGGUUGGCCCCCUUAAGCUGGAAGUAGCGGUGAGCGUGGUUUCAACAACCCAGCCAGCCCAUCCAAACCAACCCACUUUAUAACCCAUGUAAGGGACUCUUAGGUGGGCUAGUUUGGUUUAGGGAACCAGCCCAUUAUAUCCAUGCCUUACCUGGGUGGUCUGGCUCAGAACCAGCAAACCCACCCACCCAAACACGAGCGGAGGGCUGCGCGGCGGCCGGCGGCGUGGCGGUGAUGGAGCGCUUGAAUGGAUCGGGGGACGGCCGGGGAAGCAACAUCAGUCACGCCUCUGAUCUUUCCUUGCUCUCUGAUCUAUUUCCUUAAUGUUUGGUUUUUAUUUAGGCCAUACUAGUUUAGGUGCAUUGCUGGUAUUCUUAUAAAUUACUUGGUCCAAUUGAUCUCUGGCCAGAUUUUAUUAUUUGCAACCUCAAACUAGAACAGAGCAGAUCUAUCUUGUAAACUGAGAAGUGAUUUGGUAUAAUACGCUAACUAGUAGACUAUUGCACCUAGUAUAUCUCAUGUUUAGAAAUAUUUGUUCCUUGACAAUUUGAAACAAAUCUUGCAACCAUACUUCAAGGACUUAAGUACUCUCUCACAAAUUAAAUUAGAGGAUUUUGUUAAUCAUGUGCUAGGUAACGAAGGCAAAGCAUGUGUAGUGUCCUCACUGCCAUAUUAUUCUGGAAAAAAAAUAGAUAGGGGAAGUAUAUAUGUUAGCAGAAAAUUCGGAGGUGAUGCAACAUUAAUACAAAGUGUCAUACGUAAAUAAUCAGUCUUCUAGUGGACCAUUAUGUGCUGGUGGAAAGAACAGAUCCCUAUUGGUUCUGAUUUAUAGGAUUUGCAAGUUCUGUGACUCUUGGAGAACAAAGUCAAAUGCAAACACAAUAUAGUGGUUCUGCCUCAGUAAUUGAUUUUAUUACCCAUUGUGUUGUGGAGAGGGAGUCUGAAUGAUUUUCUCUCUGAUUAUGUAUUGUCAUGAGCAUUUUGUGAUUCCUGUGAGCUAACUGAGUACUAAAGCUCUAACUGAUUCUGGGUUAUUUGGUUUACCUUGGGCUCUGAGGUGCUUAACCAAAAGGUCGACUAGUUCUAAGAACAAAACGUCCAAAUGUAAAACUUGUAGUUGGUGUCCAGGUUGUAGCUAUGAUAAAUCUGAAGAGAUAUGGUACAUCAACAAGCUAGCUGUCACUUUUAACAGGGAAGCUACAACUAUUUGCUCUCUGAUCUAUUUCCUUACUGCUUAGUUUUUAUUUAGGCCAUACUAGUUUAGGUGCAUGACUGGUAUUCUAAUAAUACUUGGUCCAAUUGCAUAACCUGAAGGUUUUAUGUCCUAGUUUUUAUUUACCCUUCUAAUCUCCUUGUGAUUUGGAUUGGCCUGCUACUUCUGGACAUUGGCUUCUAAGCCAUGGCUCUGUUUAUUGGGUUCAGUAGGUCCUGUGAUGACCUUUAGUUACUGACUAGUGUUUGUUUUGGCUUCCUCCGGUGUAUAAUAGUGAACUAUUGCCACAGUUCAGAAGCCAUGUGUUGUACUACUACGGUUGUCUCAUGAGUUUUUCUGUUCUUAUUCAUAGUCUUUGUCAGUGUAUUACAAUAUUUAUGCUUCUGAUAUUUGCAGCAAUCACUAUGUUAUUGAAAUUUGCAGAGUUCAAACUUAACUUUAUACUUGAUCUCUUUAUAGGAUCAUACUCCGAAAUUAAUUGGUGCGAAUAAGAUCACACACCGGCGAGCACACUGUUAUGUCUGUGUGCUAUUAAAUCUGAAGGGGGUACUUGUGCUAUGACUACAUCAGAUAUAGACGUGUGCCUUUUCUUUGUUCUCAAAUGUCAACUAUUGUUCCGGCUUGUUCAACGAAUAUUAUUUCUAGUCGUCUUUGUGAAUCAGUGCUAGUACUGGAGUAAAGACCAAAAGCUUUCUUUUUCUUUCUGUCAUUUUGAUCUUGUGUGACAUGGACAAGCAGAGUUUGCAUGCCUCUAUCGUACUCACAGAAAGAUUUUGAGAUUAUUCAUGUGCA